AUGUCACCUCUCUGGCGGUGUGAAAGCCUGUUGAGGAUUUUGGCAUUCUUAGAACCCAGCUGUAUCGAAGAAGUGAUUUUCGAAGAGUGGGUACUGCCUCUCCCAGCUCAAGAUCUUCUCGGAGAGUCAAGCGAGUACAAAUCAGCCCGUACAACGCUCCUCCAGGCAUCCCUCAUUGAGCACAAUGAAGAGGACAACACGAUAACCGUCAAUUCCCUGGUCCAAACUGCAGUCAAAGCACAACUGAGUGCCGAAGACACUGCAAAAGUCUUCUGGAAUACCGUCUGUAAUCUCGCAAUACAAUGGCCGUCAGCAAGAGAAGCCCCCUCCCAGAAAACGAUACAGAGCACACCGCCAAAGACGCAUUCCGUUUGCGAAUGGCCCAAACGUGAAAUGUUGUACCACCACGUUUUACAACUAAAGGAGACGUGGGAGAACAGGUUCAAAGACGAGUGGCGAUUCGAGCGUGGAUAUGCAUGCAAAUUUGAUGAUCUCUACGGUGCAGCUGUCAAGAUCUGUGACAGAAGCGAUGAUCCAGACAAGGAACCUCUGAUGGUCGACAUGUGUCUCGGUAUCGCUGCUAUUGCAGCGGAAACCAACGCCCACCCCUCCAGCAGAAAGCUCAAAUCACAGGCGCUAGAUCUUCAGCUAAAAUACCUCGACGGUACUAAGACCGAAGAUUCCCGCCUUUCUCGAUGCUAUGUCGAGCUAGCAAUCGCUUUGAUACAGGAUCGAGAGUAUGACAACGCGAUCCAAAUGUUGUGGCGAGGGGGGGACAUCAAGGCUCGUCUAGGAUUAUUCAGCGCACUUGCUUAUGCAAAUUUAGGACUUGUCCACAUAUUCCAAGGUAAGUACGACGCUGCGGAGGAGACUCUGAGCUUCGCUCUAUCCAUGCAGGAAAAGUCUUUUGGCAAGAUGGACAGUGUUUCCUUUCGAACGGGUCGAGUACUCUACGCUUACGGGAAUCUUCGAGCUGCUCAAGGACGUUUCGUGGAAAGUCUUACGUAUCAUCAAUGGGCCCUCAAACAAUUCCGCUCUACUAUUGGUAAUAGUCACCAUCGUACCGCAGAUGUUUGUCACAAGGUGGCGGAAGAUCUCAUCCGAUUUGAAUGCUACAAGGAUGCUAUGUCGAUGAUUGACCAAGCACUUGAGAUCUGGGGCCUCGAUCCUGGCGUAUACCAGCCAGAAAUCGCCCGUACGACCUUCCUCAAGGGCCAGCUACUAAAGGUCUUGAAGGAAGACGAGGAGGCAGACAGACUGAUUAAGAAAGCGACUGCUAUUCUGACAGCUACAGCUUCGUACCAUGGCACGAGCGGAUUUCAGGCAGACGCACAACCUAGCUCGGAAGACUUUGAUAGCCUCGUUACAUUUUGGUCACGAUAA